ACACACACACACACACACACCAGAAGGAGGUGGAGGAUCUUGUUUCCACUCCGGUGAUUUUUUGCGUCGCAUCAGAGAAGGAGGAGGAGGGAAUCAUACAUAACGCAACAGAUAACCAGGUUAACAACCAGCCUUACAACCACGUUGAUAACCAGGUUAACCAGCAACUAAACCUGCAGGUUAACAGAGAAAACCAGGAGGCUGUGGAUGUUUGUUGUUUGAGGAGAUGAACCAGAUGGAGUCUGAAGAAAAUCUGCUCCAUGUUUCUCUGCUGCUGCUGCUCUUUGGAUCACAAUUCACCCUGGUGGGUCCAGCAGCACCUGAGGAAGGCUGGCAGGUGUACAGCUCAGCUCAGGACACUGAUGGUCGGUGUGUUUGCACCGUGGUCGCUCCUCAGCCAACAGUUUGCUCCAGAGAUGCUCGAACCAAACAGCUCAGACAUCUGCUUGAAAGGGUGCAGAACAUGAGUCAGUCUAUCGAGGUGUUGGACCAGCGCACUCAGAAAGAUCUGCAGUUUGUGGAGAAAAUGGAAGUUCAGGUGAAAGAUCUGGAAAACAAGUUCAAACUGGUGGAGGACGGACAUGAAACCAACAUCGCCAGACAGUUCAAGUCCAUCAAAGCAAAAAUGGAGGAGUUACGUCCUCUGAUCCCAGUUCUCGAAGCCUACAAGGCCGAUGCUCUGCUGGUCCAACAGUUUAAGGAGGAGGUAGCAAAUGUGACAGAGCUGCUGGGGUCACUGCAGGAACAAAUGGGAGGACUGGAUUAUCAGGAGCUCCACAGUCGAGUGAUGACUCUGGAGGACCGACUGAAGGCCUGCAUGCAGAGGCUGGCCUGUGGGAAGCUGACAGGAAUUUCUGAGCCAAUCACCAUCAAAUCGUCUGGAUCCAGAUUUGGAUCAUGGAUGACUGACCCACUGGCUCCGCCUGGAGACAACAGAGUUUGGUAUAUGGAUGGUUACCAUAACAACCGCUUCGUAAGGGAAUAUCAGUCAGUGUACGACUUCAUGUCGACUGACAACUUCACCUCUCACCGUCUGCCUCACCCUUGGUCCGGCACUGGUCAGGUUGUUUAUAAUGGCUCCAUUUACUACAACAAGUUCCAGAGUCACACCAUCAUCAAGUUUGACCUCAGCACAUCACUCAUCAGUCGCUCUCGGCAGCUCGACUUUGCUGGCUAUAACAACAUGUACCAUUACUCCUGGGGGGGCCACUCAGAUAUUGACCUCAUGGUAGAUGAGGGCGGGCUCUGGGCUGUUUAUGCGACCAAUCAGAAUGCUGGAAAUAUUGUCCUAAGUCAGUUAAACCCAAACACUCUGCAGAUCAUCCGCAGCUGGACCACCAACCACCCUAAACGCAGCGCUGGCGAGGCGUUCAUGAUCUGUGGAACCCUGUAUGUUACUAAUGGGUAUUCAGGUGGAACCAAAGUGUACUACGCAUACUCCACCAACUCCUCCACGUACGAGUACAUCGACAUCCCUCUGACAAAUAAAUACAGUCACCUGUCCAUGCUUGACUACAACCCUCGAGAGAGGGCCCUGUACGCCUGGAACAAUGGCCACCAAGUCCUUUAUAAUGUUACACUUUAUCACAUUAUACAGUAAAACUUAAACAAAAAAAAACCCCCUAUAAUAUUACAUGCAGCCACGUUGUACGGUACAAUUAAAGAACAAUGCAGUAUUGUUGCAACCUUGCCCUCCAAGAAAAAUACCCUCCCACAAAUCUAAACUACAUUCUUAGUUCUGUGUUUUUUUUUACAUUUCAGUAUCAACGUGAUAAUGUCACUAGUGAUUUUGGCAAUUAUAAAUCAGAUUAUAACCAUUUACUGGUUAUGAAUGUGAUUAGGUUUAGGGACUUAAAGCAUCCGGCUAAGGCUAAGAUAAAAUAACGUUGGUGUGCUGCUUGGUGGAUUAUUAAAAAUACACUGAAAUGUCCUAUGUGGCUGAUGUGGACAUCUUGCUCUCCAUAGAAACACAUCAGAAUGUCUUCACAAGCCAGUAGCUACCCACAUCAA